UUCAAAGUUAUUAAAAGACCGAUACUCCGUCGGUAAAGCUGGUGUCUGCGAUUUGGCGAAUCUACAUUUGAUCUAAACGGUGCAUUACGUCAAACUAAUUACCAUAAAAUAAAAUUAGCAGGCAACAUGAUCGGAAACCACGCUGCAUCUUUCCUUCUAGGGGUAGUUUGCAUUUUGCUCACUUCUAUGCCCUGCUAUGCCGUGUCACCCGAUGACCACACUGCAUCUGGCAAGAUGUUUCUGCGUUCAACCGACCCCCUGACCCCCAGUGUGUUGUGUACGGAGCACGGGGUUCGCGCGACAUUUCACCAAGGCUUGCGAUCCAGGAUCAAAGUAGUGGAUCUUGCUGGUAUGACCAUCAAGGUGCCAACCACUUCAAAUCAUUGCAAAACUGUAGUAAGCAGUGAAGCAUCUGGUUUGGUGACCUUCUCUAGUGCUUAUGAUGGCUGCUAUGUCCAUGCUGAGGAAGAUUCUUACAUUGUGAUUCUGGAGGUCCGCUUGUUGACUGGAGGACCUCCAAUGCGGAUCCACAUCUCCUGUCCAAGGCCUUUAAAGGAAAGCACAGAUAUGGAGCAUGACUGUCUUAUUCCAUCCAGCUUGCGAGUGGCAUGUGGAACCCGAGGUGCUUCUGUGACUGCCUGCCUCAGCCUGGGGUGCUGUUACAGCCGACAGACAGGAGAGUGCUACUACAAAAUGGAUGAGUGCUCCAGAGAUGGCCAUUUUGUGUUUGCCAUUCAACAGGAGGCCACCCGUCCAGCAUUACAGCUGAAAAGUUUAAAAGUCCAAGGUCAUGGCUCCUGCGUGCCAGUAAUCAUAACAGAAGAGGUGGCUGUCUUUAAAUUUUCAGUGGCGGAGUGUGGCGUGCAGAAAAUGGUAACUGGCCAUGAGGUGAAGUAUGUGGCUAUGAUUGUGGCAGCCCCAGAGAUCAGUGAUGUUGGGUAUGGGCCCAUAUCCAGAGACAGCGGGCUGCGCCUGCAGGUGGAAUGCUCCUAUUCUCGGAAGCAGGUUACGAAUUUGGAGCUCUCAGCCAUGGCUUUCCCCUCUCCUCAGACAGUAGCCGAAUUUGCAAACAUUGCUGUAGAGAUGAGGAUCUCAAAAGAUGCCACAUUCCAGGAGUUCUUUGAAACCAAUGACCUUCCCAUCCACCAGCAUCUACAGGAGCCCAUUUUUGUUGAGGUACGCCUUGUAGAACCUUUGGAUCCAAGCCUGUCGUUGGUUGUGAGGGACUGUUUUGCCUACCCCAGGACACAGGAAAGCCUAUGGAUUCUGCUGUUUAAUGGGUGUCCAAACCUCUUGGACGAAGACCAUCACAGCACAAUCUUGGAUGGUGAUCUCACUGGCCUUCCCUCCCAUUACCGCAGAUUUGACGUUAAAACAUUUGCCUUUGUGGACCAGGAAACCGGCGAGCCCCUGGAAGAUGAGAUGUAUUUCUACUGCUGGGUGGAGAUUUGUUAUGCUGGCUCUCCAGACUGCGUUCCAAAAUGCUUGCAGACGCCAUAUCCAAAAGCUGCAGAAAGUGAGCGGUUCAGAAGAGACAUUGAUUUGGAUCUGCGGACUGCCCUUGUUUCCCUGGGUCCAGUCAUUUUGGUGAACAAUGAGACAUCAAUGCCCAACCCAAAGACCUGGUCCUCGAAGACAUUCGAUUUGGUGCCCACUCUGCUGUCGUACUACUCCCUCUCUGCAAUCUGUUCUGUGUCAAUAUUGUUCCUCAUCCUCUCUGUGGCAGCAGGAGGGAUCUGGCAUUGCAAGAGGAGAAAGGCCAUUGUUUCACAUCCUCUGUUUCCACAGCAACAGACUGAUUCCUCAGACGCCUACCCGAGUAACGAACUUCUGAAUCUUCCAGAUAAAUAAAAGCGGUAAAGUUGA